AUGUCUCACAACGGGCACCUUGAGGAUGUAGGUUAUCUCCCGUGUGACCCAAAUGAUAUCUCUGAAGCCUGUGAAGAGAACCUGGGGGAUGAAGCCUUCGACACCAUCAACUCCUCUGUUAUGUCUGGAGAGAGUAUCCGUUUCUUUGUCAACGUCAACAUGGAUAUGCACCCGUCUCAGACUGCUGAGAAUGAAGCAUCUGGCGGCUGCGUGCUCCUGCACAUCUCCCGCAAGUAUCUGAAGUUAAAGAACUUCGAGGAAGAGAUCCGGGCACACCGUGAUGUGGAGGACUUCCUGGCACAGGCCAGCAUCAUCCUGAACGAGACCGCCACGUCCCUCGAUGACGUGCUGCGGGCCAUGCUGCUGCGCUUCUCCAGGGAUCCCAACCACGCCGAGCCCGGCUCCAACCUCGAUCUGCUCAUGAGCAUGCUCUUUACUGAUGCAGAGGCCCCCCUGGAGGGGAACGUCCACAUGCUCUCGGAUACCAUCCAGGGGGUCACGGCCACAGCCACGGGGCUGCAGUACCAGCAGUCGUGGCUCUGCAUCAUCUGUACUGUGAAGGCCCUACAGAAGCGGCACGUGUGCAUCAGCCGCCUGGUUCGCCCACAGAACUGGGGAGAGAAUUCUUGUGAGGUGCGGUUUGUGAUCCUGGUGCUGUCCCCACCCAAGAUGAAAAGCACCAAAACAGCAACGGAAGUGGGCCGCACAUUCGCCACCAUGUUCUCAGACAUCACCUUCCGCCAGAAGCUCCUGGAGACCCGCACGGUGGAGGAGUUCAAGGAGGCCCUGGUGCACCAGCGGUACCUGCUCACCAUCACCAGCCAGCACUGGCCUGGGCCGGAUAGGGGCUGUGACUCGGCAGGCCCCACAGUCACUCAACCUCUCCAAUCCCCACAGUGCAAGGACUUCCUGUCUAUAGGGAAGGGCAUCCGCGAGGACAUCGCCCGGAGGUUCCCCAUGUACGCACUGGACUUUACUGACGGCAUCAUUGGGGACCACAAAGCUGUGGGCAAAUACAUCACCACCACCAUAUUCCUCUAUUUUGCCUGUCUCCUGCCCACCAUCGCCUUUGGCUCCCUCAAUGAUGAGAACACGAAAGGAGCAAUUGACGUGCAGAAGACCGUGGCUGGUCAGAGCAUCGGGAGCCUCCUAUACGCGCUCUUCUCUGGGCAGCCGCUAGUGGUGCUACUGACCACCGCACCCCUCGCUCUCUACAUCCAAGUGAUCCAGGGUAUCUGUGACGACUAUAAGCUGGACUUCAAAGCCUUCUAUGCGUGGACAGGCCUGUGGAACAGCUUCUUCCUGGGGCUUUAUGCCUUCUUCAACCUCAGCCUGCUCAUGAAGGUCUUUAAGAGGUCAACAGAGGAGAUCAUUGCCUUGUUCAUCUCCAUCACAUUUGUGGUAGAUGCUGUUAAGGGCAUGGUCAAAAUCUUCAGGAAAUACUACUAUGGCCACCACUCCAGCAACUACUACACUGGGAAGUCUGUGUCCCUCAUGAGCCUGCCAGGCCUCAACACCACCUUCCACGCUGACCUCAACGCCAGCCUCCUGACCAGCCCGCCGGGGCUGACCACGCACGCCAGCCACAUGCACGCCGGCCGGGACACCGCCGUGCUCAGCCUCCUGGUCAUGCUGGGCACGCUCUGGCUGGGCUACACCUUGUACCAGUUUAAGAGGCGUCCCUACCUGCAUCCGUACGUGCGGGAGAUCCUGUCAGACCUGGCCCUGCCCAUUGCGGUGCUCACCUUCUCUCUCCUCACCUCCUACGGCUUCCAGGAUAUAGAGAUGAGCAAGUUCCGCUACAACCCCAGCCAGAACCUGUUCCAGCUAGCACAGAUGGACCGGCUGUCCCUGGGGGCCAUCAGCAGCACCAUGGGUCUGGGCUUCCUGCUCUCCAUGCUCUUCUUCAUUGAGCAGAACCUGGUGGCCGCCUUGGCUAAUGCACCUGAAAACAGGCUGGUGAAAGGCACUGCCUACCACUGGGACCUCCUGCUGGUCGCCCUCAUCAACACCGCGCUGUCUCUGUUGGGGCUGCCCUGGAUCCACGCAGCCUACCCCCACUCGCCGCUGCACGUGCGGGCCCUGGCCUGCGUGGAGGAGCGUGUGGAGUACGGGCACAUCCAUGAGACGAUCGUGAGUGUGAAGGAGACCCGGCUGACGGCACUGGGGGCCAGCAUCCUGGUGGGCCUGUCGCUGCUGCUCCUGCCCUUCCCGCUGCGGUGGAUCCCCAAGCCUGUGCUGUACGGCCUCUUCCUCUACAUCGCCCUCACCUCCAUCGACUGUAACCAGCUCUUCGAGCGUGUGGCCCUGCUGCUCAAGGAGCAGACCGCCUACCCACCCACUCACUACGUGCGGAGGGUGCCACAGAGGAAGAUCCACUACUUCACAGGCCUGCAGUUCCUGCAACUGCUGCUGCUCUGCUUCUUCGGCAUGAGCCCCUUGCCCUACAUGAAGAUGAUCUUCCCCCUCAUCAUGAUUGUCAUGAUCCCCAUCCGCUACAACCUGCUGCCCCGAAUCAUUGAAGCCAAGUACCUGGACGCCAUGGACGCUGAGCACUAA